UCGGGGCGUUUGUGGAAGGAAGGUCGAACUUAGUUAUGACGUCCACUCAGGUGCCGAUGGGUUUCACGCGUUGGGAGGAUACCAUUGUUCCGCCACUGCGACGAUGCCACAAAAUAUGGGACAACCAAACCGCUCGUUUCACCACGUGCUUCCUGCCAUAUAUUGUGCUCUUACCAGUGGUGUUGGGAGUCUUGAUACUAUUCACCUACACUCUCCGGCUUAUAAACGUCUAUCGACCAACAUGGACAAAACCAUUCGUGAAAGAAGGGAAGGAAGAGCGCAACGACCUGGCUUCUGCUUCUUCAUAUCGACCAGCGAGAGCGACGUUGAAGCUGUUACUGGUUUCGACCAUCGGGCUCACCAUACAAAUUCUCUCCAUCUUGGCCGUCCCUUACCAACAACUCCAAUUCGUCUAUCCUGCCAUUGCUUGGAUCAUUGUUAUUGCGAUAAUAGCCUUCAGGCGCCCGAGGACAGCGCCGCUCUCACUUUUGGCAAUGUACACUGCGAUGUUUCUGGAAAGGCUAGUGACAAUGUCCCACGCCCAGCACUCUACAUCUACCAGCGAUGUCUCGAUGCUAUUUCCUGCCGUUGCAUCACUGUCUAAUAUUCUAAUCAUUCUCAAUAUGCCACUGCGAGAUCCCAUUCUGCCUUCUAAGGAUAUCAGCCCAGCAUUCGCCGAUCCGACAGUCAAACUGAGAACUCCCGAGGAUAACCUCACGCCCUGGCAGUACAUGAGCGUAUCCUGGAUGUAUCCUUUAAUUAAGAAGGGUAAACAGACAGAUAAGUUUAAUGAUGAAGAUGUAUGGGAUCUGGGUUGGGAGUUCAAGCAUGCUCGGCUGCACAAUGCCUUUCGAGUUCUGCAAGGGUCCGUCACAAGAAGGUUGCUGAUCGCGAACGGAAUGGAUCUGGUGCGCAUGACUGUCCUUGCGCUAAUCCAACUUACUGCAACACUCAUGACUCCUCUGCUUCUUCAGCGUCUUCUGGCAUCCAUGAAUGACCCUCAAUCACCUCGAAGAGCUACUGUCACGUAUGCUGUUGUGUCACUUGCUUUCCGGCUUGUUUCAGCCCAGUCGUGGGUUUUUGGCUUAUGGUACCAACGCCGAGCGUAUGAGCGAUCUCGAGGCGAGAUGAUCACAAUGCUUUACGAGAAAACGCUUAACAGGAAGAUCCUUGGUGCCAAACAGGAGUCCUCGGAAGAGCAGACCACAAAUGGACAAACAAAUGGCGAAGCAAAUGGUACUUCGGAUCAUAUAAAGACCAAACAUGGGCGUUUCUUGUCCGUAUUACUGGGUUUGUUCUCACGUCUGCGUACCUUGUUCUCGAAGAGGGAACCCCAAAAGAAAGAGGAAAAUGAGCCUGCAUCACUAGGUAAAAUCCUGAACCUGAUGCGCAACGAUGUAUACGAAGUGUCACAGCGAUUCUGGGAGUUUUCUGACAUCGUCACGAAGCCCUUGGGUGUCAUAUUUGCCACGGUUCUGGUCUGGAACAUGCUUGGCUGGUCCUGUUUGCUAGGUGCAUUGGCUUUGCUUGUCACUCAAAUCGGCAAUGUCAUAAUCGCGAGAUGGACCGUGUACUUCCAAAAGAAGAGGAGUAAGGCGACAGACGAGAAGCUGAAACGCAUUAAUCAGUUCAUUGAGAGCAUUCGACACUUGAGGUGGUACGGAUGGCAAGAUUCAUGGCUUGAAGGAAUCCUCGAAUCGCGACAGAAGGAACUUCGCUUGCGAGUCAUUAUGAUUUUUCUCUCAACAUCAGUCGCCUUUCUGAUGAAAUUCGGCAGCGGCCUGAUGCCGGCUGUGGCCUUCUUUGCUUUAACGAAACUCUCUGGUCAGGCUUUACGUGUUGAUUUGAUCUUUCCAGCUAUCGAUCUGUUUAACAUCUUGGAUUCUCACUUACGAGCACUCCCUAAUCUGCUAACAACGCUCUUAAGCGCUUAUGUUGCUAUGGGUCGAAUCGAAGCUUUCAUGGAAGAGCCGGAUAAAGAGCAAAACGAUGUAGUCCCCGAAGGCUCAGCAGAGUUAAGUCUACAAAGUGCAUCGUUCGCAUGGCCAGGGGUGGAGAAAAAUGUCUUGGAAGACGUGACUUUAUCUUUUCCCCGCGGUCUUACGGUCAUCUACGGUGAGGUCGCAUCGGGCAAGACAGCGCUGUUGCAAGGUCUUUUGGGGGAGCUUGACAAAACCGCAGGUAUCUUUAUUCAGCCCGACGAGGUGAUCGGAUAUUGCGCCCAGACACCAUGGUUGCAAAGUAUGAGCAUCCGCGAGAAUAUUCUGUUCUCGUAUCCAUACGACGAGCAGCGAUACAAACAGGUUCUAGAAGCUUGCGCUCUGGAGCCAGAUAUGGCUGAAUUCAAGCACGGCGAUUUAUCCAACAUUGGAGAGAAUGGAAUCGGCCUGUCAGGUGGUCAAAAGGCACGAGUGGCUCUAGCACGAGCUGUGUAUAGCACAGCAAAUGUUAUCUUCCUCGAUGACCCCCUGUCUGCUCUGGAUCAUCAAACGGCAGAAUUUAUCGUCCAAAAACUGCUCGCUGGCCCGUUAAUGGCGAACCGUACGACGGUCCUUGUGACUCAUCGUACUGAGCUCUGCCAUGGUGUUGCAAAACAAUGGGUCGAAAUCAAUCUGGGGAAGGCGACGACUCAUGAGCCGCGCCCCGAAGAAGAAAAUUCACUCAAACGUCACCGGACAGAGGACUCGGUCUCUGAAGAGGAGGCGAAGAAGAACGAGGAAGGAAAGGCCGACAGUGCCCCUGAUAAGUUCAUUGAGGACGAGUAUCGAGCUACUGGAAGCGUCAAGUUCAACGUUUACUUCCGCUACAUCAAAUCCGGUACCCUGCAAUGGUGGACGUUGUCCAUAGUCGUCAUGGUGAUUUUCCGUUUCGCGGAUGUAGCAACCACGUGGUUCAUCAAAGCAUGGGGCGAAGGCUACGAUCACGACCAUUCGAGAGGCCUCUUCGGUUUUCUUCCUCCUCCAUCCCAAGAUGUGGUUCCAUGGCUUAUCACUUACUUCCUCCUCCAGGUUGGGGCUUCCAUAUUAUUCUGGUUGACUUACCUCAUCAUGUACGGAACUGGAUACCAAUCUGCGAAGACGAUUUUCGCCGACGCCAUCAGCCGCGUUGCGCAUGCCACAUUCAGAUACUACGACGUAACACCCGUUGGGAGAUUGAUGAAUCGUCUUACAUCUGAUAUGAACACCAUCGAUGGCCAUUUGAGUUUUGUAUUCGUCACCAUCAUCUGGAACGCUGUGGGCUGGAUUUCGUCUGUCGUCAUCAUCCUCUCUUCAGCACCAGCAUUCUUGAUAUUUGGCUUGGUCCUGAGCGUUGCUUUUGUGCAUUAUUUCUUGCUUUUUCUGCCUACGUCACAGACGCUUCGCCGUCUCGAGAUGGUGUCGCUAUCCCCACUAAUGUCAAACUUCGGCGCUCUCGUUGAAGGUCUGACCACCGUUCGCGCCUUCAGCGCGCAGUCUCGUUUCCAAGAGCGUGUUAUUGAAGUGGUUGACAAUUUUCAAAAGAAUGACCACUUUUACUGGUCGCUACAAGCUUGGCUUUCCAUUCGUUUCACUACCCUCUCUGCUGCUUCUGUGUGUGUUAUGGCCGUCAUUGCUGUCUAUACCGGCAUCUCACCAGGUCUCACAGCUUUCGUCCUUAUUGCGGCCAACAAAUUUGUCAUACACACGGAAUCUCUAUGCAAGAUCUAUGGUCAACUAGAGAUGGACUUCACCAGCGUGGAGCGAGUAGUCGAACUCCUCGACUUGGAGCAAGAAGAUACGGGAUCAGUAGAGCCUCCGGCAUACUGGCCCACAUACACUGGCGACCUUGUUUUCGAGGACGUGACGAUACGCUACGCGCCAAACCUAGAUCCUGCGCUGCAAAACAUCAACCUACGCAUUCCAGCAGGAUCACACACGGCUGUUGUUGGGCGUACUGGAUCAGGAAAAUCGACCCUGGCGUUGUCUCUACUUGCUACGAUGACUCCAUCUAGCGGAAAGAUUCUAAUGGACGGUAUCGACAUCGCUACUGUGAAGAAACAGGCCCUGCGUCAUCGUGUUACCUUUCUAGCUCAAGAUCCAGUGCUCUUUCCCGGAAGCAUGCGAAAGAAUCUCGACCCACUAGACGAAUACUCAGAUGGGGCUUGUGAAUCGGUGCUCUCCAAAAUUGCGCCCCCAUCUUACAACUGGAGCCUCAGUACCAACAUCGAAGGCGGUGGUAAGGGGCUUUCCCAGGGUCAGCGCCAACUCGUCGGGCUUGCGCGCGCCAUGUUACGACGGAGUGCCGUACUUAUCAUGGACGAAGCAACAGCUAGCAUUGACUUUGAAACGGCGCAGAGGAUUCAGAGUGUGUUGAGGGAGGAGAUGAAGGAGAGUACGGUCAUUACUAUUGCGCAUAGACUUGAAGCGGUGAAGAAUGCGACACACUGUGUGGUGCUUGGAAAAGGAAAAUUGAUCAAGAGUGGGACUGCUGCGGAGAUGCUUCAAGAUGGGAGUGAAGUUCGGGGCAUGUUGGCAUAA